CGGCAUUCCUCGUGGGCGGCGCUACCCUUUGACCCUUCGCUCGCGUGCUACACAUCCGCGACUGUGCUACCAGUGGGAGGAAGAUGGCGGCCGCGGCUGUGGUGGUUCCAGCAGAGUGGAUAAAGAACUGGGAGAAAUCAGGGAGAGGCGAAUUUUUGCAUUUAUGUCGGAUCCUCAGUGAAAAUAAAAGCCUUGAUAGUUCGACAUACAGAGAUUUCCAGCAAGCUCUCUAUGAAUUGUCAUAUCAUGUAAUUAAAGGAAAUCUAAAGCAUGAACAGGCAUCUAAUGUUCUUAAUGACAUUAGUGAAUUUCGUGAGGAUAUGCCCUCCAUUCUUGCUGAUGUAUUCUGCAUAUUAGAUAUUGAAACAAAUUGUUUAGAAGAAAAGAGCAAGAGAGACUGUUUUACCCAGUUGGUAUUAGCAUGUUUGCAUUUAGUUUCAGCCACAGUCCUGAAGGAACGCCUGGAUCCAGAAACACUGGAAUCAUUAGGGCUUAUCAAACAAUCACAGCAGUUCCAUCAAAAGACAGUUAAAAUCAAGACAAAACUCUUUUAUAAGCAGCAGAAAUUCAAUUUGUUAAGAGAAGAGAAUGAAGGUUAUGCCAAGCUGAUUGCUGAAUUGGGGCAAGAUUUAUCUGGAAGCAUUACUAGUGAUUUAAUGUUAGAAAAUAUCAAAUCUUUAAUAGGAUGCUUUAAUCUGGAUCCCAAUAGAGUUUUGGAUGUCAUUUUGGAAGUGUUUGAAUGCAGGCCAGAACACGAUGACUUCUUUAUGUCUUUGUUAGAAUCUUACAUGAGUAUGUGUGAACCGCAAACACUGUGUCAUAUUCUUGGGUUCAAAUUCAAGUUUUACCAGAAACCAAAUGGCGAGACACCACCAUCUUUAUACAGAGUUGCAGCUGUACUUCUACAAUUUAAUCUUAUUGAUUUAGAUGAUUUCUAUGUACAUCUUAUUCCAGCUGAUAAUUGCAUCAUGGAUGAACACAAACAAGAAAUUGUGGAAGCUAAGCAAAUUGUUAGAAAACUUACGACGGUUGUGUUGUCUUCUGAACAAAUGGAUGAUCGAGAGAAAGAAAAGGAGAAAGAAGAGGAGAAAGUAGAGAGGCCACCUGGUAACCAAAAACUUGGCUUGUUGGAAGCCUUAUUAAAGAUCGGUGACUGGCAACAUGCACAGGACAUUAUGGAUCAGAUGCCUCCAUACUAUGCAGCUUCACAUAAGCUAAUAGCACUUGCUAUUUGCAAGCUCAUUCACAUAACUACUGAACCUCUCUACCGAAGAGUUGGUGUUCCUAAAGGUGCUAAGGGCUCACCUGUUAAUGCUUUGCAAAAGAGGGCACCAAAACAAGCUGACAGUUUUGAAGUGAGGAGAGACGUGUUUAAUAUGUUCUGUUACCUUGGUCCUCACCUUUCUCAUGAUCCCAUUUUAUUUGCAAAAGUGGUGCGCAUAGGCAAGUCAUUUAUGAAGGAGUUUCAGUCUGAUGGAAGCAAACAAGAAGAUAAAGAAAAAGCGGAAGUUAUCCUUAGCUGCUUGCUUAGCAUUACUGACCAGGUACUACUUCCAUCUCUUUCUCUGAUGGACUGCAAUGCCUGUAUGUCUGAGGAACUAUGGGGAAUGUUUAAAACAUUUCCAUAUCAGCAUAGAUACCGUCUGUAUGGCCAGUGGAAGAAUGAAACUUAUAACAGCCACCCACUUUUAGUAAAAGUUAAGGCUCAAACAAUAGACAGAGCCAAAUAUAUCAUGAAGCGCCUAACGAAGGAAAAUGUGGAGGCUUCUGGAAGACAAAUUGGGAAGCUGAGCCACAGCAAUCCAGCUAUUUUGUUUGAUUAUAUCUUGUCGCAAAUACAGAAGUAUGAUAACUUAGUAACACCUGUAGUAGUUUCAUUGAAAUACCUCACUUCAUUGAAUUAUGAUGUUUUGGCCUAUUGUAUCAUUGAAGCUUUAGCUAAUCCAGAAAAGGAAAGAAUGAAACAUGAUGACACAACCAUCUCAAGCUGGCUUCAGAGUCUGGCUAAUUUCUGUGGUGCAGUUUUUCAUAAAUAUCCAAUUGAUCUUGCCGGCCUUCUUCAGUAUGUUGUCAAUCAGCUAAAGGCGGGUAAAAGUUUUGACCUGCUUAUAUUGAAAGAAGUCGUGCAAAAAAUGGCAGGAAUACAAAUUACAGAGGAAAUGACGGUGGAGCAACUAGAGGCCAUGACUGGUGGAGAGCAGCUAAAAGCUGAGGGUGGUUAUUUUGGCCAGAUCAGAAACACUAAAGAAUCCUCUCAGAGAUUAAAGGAUGCUCUUUUGGACCAUGAUCUUGUCCUUCCUCUCUUUCUCCUUAUGGCUCAGCAGAGGAAUAGGAUAAUCUUUCAGGAAGGUGGAGAGAAACAUUUGAAACUUGUGGGAAAGCUCUAUGACCAGUGUCAUGAUACCCUGGUGCAGUUUGGCGGGUUUUUAGCAUCUAAUCUGAGCACAGAAGAUUAUAUAGAGCGAGUGCCUUCAAUUGAUGUACUCUGUAACGAAUUUCAUGCACCCCAUGAUGCGGCAUUUUUCCUGUCUAGACCAAUGUAUGCCCGUCAUAUUUCGUCAAAGUAUGAUGAACUUAAAAAAUCAGAAAAGGGAAGUAAAGAGCAACAUAAAGUUCAUAAGUACAUAACAUCAUGUGAGAUGGUGAUGGCUCCUGUCCAUGAAGCAGUGGUCUCCUUACAUGUUUCCGAAGUCUGGGAUGACAUCAGCCCUCAAUUCUAUGCCACGUUCUGGUCAUUGACAAUGUAUGACCUUGCAGUUCCACACACCAGCUAUAAACGAGAAGUAAAUAGACUUAAAAUCCACAUGAGAGCAAUUGAUGACAAUCAAGAAAUGCCCCCAAAUAAAAAGAAAAAAGAGAAGGAGCACUGUACUGCUCUUCAGGACAAGCUUCUUGAAGAAGAAAAGAAACAGAUGGAACAUGUACAGAGAGUUCUACAGAGAUUGAAACUGGAAAAGGACAAGUGGCUUUUAGCAAAAUCUAACAAAAAUGAGACCAUCACAAAAUUUCUACAGCUGUGUUUAUUUCCUCGAUGUAUUUUUUCAGCAAUUGAUGCUGUUUACUGUGCUCGUUUUGUUGAAUUGGUACAUCAACAGAAAACUCCAAAUUUUUCCACACUUCUUUGCUAUGAUCGAGUUUUCUCUGACAUAAUUUACACAGUUGCAAGCUGUACUGAAAACGAAGCCAGUCGCUAUGGAAGGUUUCUUUGCUGCAUGUUAGAGACUGUGACCAGGUGGCAUAGCGAUAGAGCCACAUAUGAAAAGGAAUGUGGAAACUAUCCAGGAUUUUUUGCCACAUUACGGGCAACUGGAUUUGAUGGUGGAAAUAAGGCUCAUCAAUUAGACUAUAAAAAUUUUCGACAUCUUGUACAUAAAUGGCAUUAUAAACUAACCAAGGCAUCGAUACAUUGCCUUGAAACAGGCGAAUAUACUCACAUCCGGAAUAUCUUGAUUGUGCUAACAAAAAUACUUCCUUGCUACCCAAAAGUUUUGAAUCUGGGUCAAGCUUUGGAAAGAAGAGUACACAAAAUCUGCGAAGAAGAAAAAGAGAGGAGGCCAGAUCUAUAUGCAUUGGCUAUGGGGUAACAAAAUUAUAUUUUAAUGUGAUUUGUAAGACUAGAUGACAGAAGGAUUCUGAAGACUUUAAAAUGUUUUACAGUGUUGAAGUUUAUCUUCUGCCUUCAGGAGAUUAUGGGAGAUAAUGGGAUCAUGUUCCCACAGGCUGGUGAGAGUUACCAUUUCUGAUGAUCAACUUCCGGUCUAUACUGGAUGAUAGUUUCAAAAGUCAUAUAUAAUACUUC